GUGCUGAAUCCUGUACAUACACCAGUACGGUGUACUGUGUAUGUAUUGUGUGCCCUCAACAUACGGGAGUUUCCACUCAUUAGCUAGAGCAUUUCCGUGAAUGAUAGCGGUUUCCUAAUCACCGCAACUUUACUAUUUCUAGUAACCCAAGGGUACCUAUGGCCUCUGUUAACGCGACGUUUAAUGAAAUACGGUACAAGGACGGCACAGUCUACCGUGGGAAGGUAGAAAGCAACCUACCACACGGACACGGAGAGUUGGAGGGACUUCCCGGCGGAUGUCGCUUCUCUGGCUUAUUUGUUGAGGGUUCUGAACAGAGUGGUGUGUAUGAGUGGCCUGGAGGGGAGACUUACUCUGGCAGAUGGCGCAAAGGAAAUCGACACGAUGUUGGUGUAGAGAAGCGCAAUGGUAUCUUGUACUGUGGUGAGUGGGUGGAUGACGUAAAGGGAAAGAGUGGAGUAAUGAUGACGGAAGCGGGUGCCAAGUAUGAGGGAAUGUGGAGCUGCGGGUUGCAGAGUGGGUUCGGUGUGGAGACGUAUGCGGAUGUGGGGAGAUAUGAGGGACAGUGGAGAGGAGGGAAGAGGGAUGGAUAUGGAGUGAGAGUCAAGACUCAGGCUUCGGCGAGAAUGUCUGCCAUUUCGAAUGCUCACAAGUCACAUAGUCAUCCCGAGUUCCUUUGUUUGGAUAAGGGUCCUAGCUCGUUUGUGUUUGACGAAGCUGUGAGAGCUGUGGCACAAGGUGGUGCGUUGCAUGAUGACAGUGAGAACAGGGUCGACAAGUCAAGACGUAAAUCUCUUGCUCGUUUUCGAUCCAUUUUUGUGCCUCCGGUGUGGCCAAGAUCAAAGUCUCAAGACAGUGUACUUGCUGAUUGUUUGGACGCUGCUGCGUUUUAUAAUGAAGUGUCCGGCGAUCAAGCUACCGGUUGUUUUUCUUGGCUGGCCAGCAAUAAAAUCGCUUUGGAAAAUAUUCCGGAUCCAUCCGAUUAUCAUUGUUAUAAAGGCGAGUGGAACAAUGACCAACGGUGUGGCUACGGUGUAUGUGAACUUGUCGGCGGUUAUGUCUAUCGAGGAUCGUGGGAGAGAAAUACGAUGCAUGGAUAUGGCAGAUUGGAGCACCAUCAGAGGUCUCAGGAAGGACAGUGGGAAAACGGUCGGCUAGUACGGACAUUGUCGUCGUCUCGACUCAAGCAGCUAUUGUCUGCUCAGUUACAGUCAAAUGUCUUCGAAGCCGUUCGAUUGGCUAACCAAGCCGCUGCUACUGCAGAUGACAAAGCCAAGUUUGCAGUUUCUAAGUCUUUGGUGGUGAGAGAGAAGGGCAAGCAAGCACAACUUGCAGCUGAUGAAGCAAAGAAAGAUGAGCAGAUGGCAAAAGCUAUUGUACACGCCUACACGAUUGGAGAUGGACGAGGUAGAGAGAAACGGCUGAGCUCAAACAAGAAGCAUUUGACAAGACAGAAGGCUGUAGACAUUACGGACACAGAGUCGAGUCAACAAUAAUAAUAUUGUGGCUUCGUCAGACUACCAUAUGCUAUCUUGUUGUUGUAAUGCUCGGCAUUUUUAUCUAUCAUUAUGUAGUAAGCAUUUUGUAAUACACAAGGUUUAUGUUCGCACAAAAGUCUGUGUUGAUAAGUUAGAUACAUAUUAUUAUAUACAUUGACCAGAAACAUCUUUCAUUGUUUCUUGUCGCUUAUCUAUCUAUGUUUAUAAGGGAAAUGAGAUGA